CAUGCUAAGCUAACUCAGCUAGCCUCUCCCCUCGGUGUGAUUAGUUGAGACGCACCGGCUCCACCAACAUCACGGUGCCGUUAGGACUGAACCGACUCUCCGUUAGACGCACACACGGCCCAGACACAGCGCACACACCGCAGGGACACACCGUACAGGCGUCCGUUUAUCCAACGACUGAAGAUGAUUAAGCUCUUUUCCCUGAAGCAGCAGAAGAAAGACGAGGAAUCUGCCGGAGGAAACAGAGCAGGAGCCGGGGGAAAAAAAGCUAGCGCGGCCCAGCUCCGGAUACAGAAAGACAUCAAUGAGUUGAACCUGCCAAAGACCUGUGAGAUCAACUUCCCUGAUGACGAUGACCUCCUUAACUUCAGACUCAUCAUCUCACCAGACGAGGGUUUUUACAAAGGAGGAAAAUUUGUCUUCAGCUUUAAGGUAGGACAGGGUUACCCCCACGACCCCCCCAAGGUAAAGUGUGAGACGAUGGUGUAUCACCCCAACAUCGACCUGGAAGGAAACGUCUGCCUAAAUAUCUUAAGAGAGGACUGGAAGCCUGUGUUGACAAUAAACUCUAUCAUCUACGGUCUACAGUAUCUAUUUCUAGAGCCUAACCCUGAGGACCCGUUGAACAAGGAGGCGGCAGAAGUCCUGCAGACGAACCGGCGGCUCUUUGAGCAGAACGUCUAUCGCUCUCUGAGGGGAGGCUACGUGGGCGCCACCUACUUCGAGAGGUGUCUUAAAUAACUCGGCGUCCCAUGAUCCUCCAAACUCCCCCACCCCUCCCCUUACACUCCUGCUCCCCCUCUGCCUCCCCCCUCCCUCCCCCUUUUACUCCUCAGUCCUGCUCGUUGGCAGAAGCAGGAGCUGCGGUGACAGAAAGCAGCACGCCAGAAGACGCUUUUCUGUUUUAAAACAAAAGAAGACAAAGAAGCUCCCCCCUCCCCCCCUCCACCUCCUCCUCCUGUCAUCCCCCCCUCCUCCCCCCUCCUCCCAUAUUUCUCUCUGUUUUACUUCCAAGACGCAACGUUCAACCGUUUACACGCCACAGGGGGACGCCGAUACACAACAUACACCAGAACUGGACUGAAAAAGAUGGCCGACAGCGAGCGGCGGCCGAGGGUGAUGAUGAUAGAGGAUGGGGGGAGGGGGAGAAAGGGGGGAGGAGGAGGAGGCAGGUGUGGGUGAUUAGUGAAUGUUGCUCGGGUGAGUCGAUGAUGAUGAUGACGAUGAUACCCACAUGAUUUUCUUUUAUUUUUUAUUUUUUGUGAGGCGAAGACGCCUACAUCUGGCAGGCGGUCAGAAGGACACGCCCACCUCCAUCUCGCCGCCGUUGGUUCGUUGUUACAUGGCAGCAAACUCCAAACUUACAAACUUAAACUUUGUCCAUUUCAACAGGAUUUCUGUGCAGGGCGUCUCCGGGUACACGGCUGGUUACCCCGACAACUUAACAGCGCCUAGCAACCAUGCAGCGCCCAUGAGACUUCAGGAGGUCACUACACUUGGAUAUUAUUUGCCAAGAAAUAGUUCCUCCUGAUACCAUAAACAUAGUUGUUUCUUUAGUUAGCACAACGAGGGGAGGGGCUUGUUACCAUAGCGAUAGCGGCCUGAUGGAGUGGGAGGAGCUUGUUGGUAAGAUUAGGAGGGGCUUUGAGUCUUGGUGAGAAUAAACGCUCCUCAAAACGUAGUAACAGUUUCCAUAAGGCGAGACUAGAACUAAACUUCCAGGCUGCAGUGACUCCACACCUGUAGCUACAGUGAUGUCAGCACAGUGGGAGGGGCUUGUUCAUAACAGCACUACUAGGCACGCCUUAAAAAGUUCCUGUAAGGAAGACAGCAGCAUAAUUUUCAGCCAACAGUUGGAGGUACACUGAUGUCAGCGCCAGGGGGAGGAGCUUCUGAGUCAGGGUAGGAGGGGCUUGUCGGAGAGGGCGGGGCUUUGGAGCCACAGUGGAAACAGGUACGCCUUACAAAGUUCCCGAAAACAAGACCUCUGUAGUUCGGCCUGCAGUGACGCCACAGCUGUGAUGUCACAGUGUCUGUGUAGGAGGAGGAGCUUAUGAGUCGCAGUGGGAGGUGCUUGGUAAAAUGUGAGGAGCUUUUUAGUUUCAACAAUUGCAGAUGCUUCUUAAAAUCAGUCUGCAGGUGAGACAGGUGUGAUGCGCUGAGACAGUUUGGAGUUUGCUGCUGAAUCACACAAACAUGAACACACACACACACACACACACACACUCUCAGCGUCAGGGGGCGGAGCGUCGUGUCAGGUGGGCGGGGCUGUUGGGGUAGUGUGUUAGUUUAAGAGGGG